AUGCGGAGACCGGUCGGCCGAGGACACGGCCGAAGCAUACUACACGUUUGUCGGGCGAAUUCCCACCUUGCAGAGUGUCGCCCCGGGCCGAGGACCGCGGAGGUCAUCGGCUACAAGUGGAGCUUGUCCUUCACAGCACACCAACUCCUCAUGUGCCGGCCAUGUUUAGCAGUUUUGGCCCCCGAAAAGCUGCACGUCGCUAGAGAGGUUGGGGGUAGGAUUCGGAUCCCUGGUGAAAGGCUCAUGUCGCGUCAAUGUGGAAGCGGUGCAGCUUGGGAGUCUGCGACCGCGAAGCUGACCAACUGUAUCCUUGCAGAAUCCACGCGGAACAAGCCGUGGCUCCCGUCCUCCGGUGCCUACGGUGGGAGGGAGUGGAGGAGACGGGACGGUUGGAAAGAAGAUGCCCGACUCCGUCAUGGCCGACACCCAGAAAUCUGGUUUUAA